CACUACAACAGUCAACAAGCCGAUACCUCUAUGUGUCAUUUUCUGAUAACCUAAACAACUUAUCCAAAUGCAAAAAGUUUGUUUACACAGCCCUCACAGGUCCUGAAUGAAUGCGUCCACUAUCUAAAUAUUUAACAAAUCGUUCACAUCACAGUGAAAUGUUUUGAGCAUUUUAGGUGGUGUGGUUACGCAAACAGCAUGUCUGAACGUUAUUCUUCAGGGUCGCAGAAACCUGAGAAAAUUAAAGGCCUAUUGCGUCUCUAUUCUAUGGAAUAUUGUCCGUUUGCGCAAAGAACCCGACUUGUGCUAAAAGCGAAAAAUAUCCCACACGAAAUCGUAAACAUCGACUUAAUCUCCAAACCAGAAUGGUACCUUAAAAUACACCCAGAAGGGAAAGUACCUGCUUUGGAAGCCGACUCUGAAGUAGUACUCGAAAGUCUGAAUAUCGUAAACUUUCUCGACGAGAAGUACCCACAGAACCCAUUGUACCCCACAGAUCUCGUAGCUAGAAAACGAGAUCAAGAAUUAAUCACAAAAAUCGACCCUCUGAUAGGGCUUUUCUACCAAUGUGUGCUCAGUCUCGUGCAGAAAACGCCACAAGAGUGGGCCGAAGCAUUCGCUUCGGGGUUAGAAGAACUCGAGUCGGAACUUGCGACAAGAGCAACUACCUUCUUCAGGGGUGACAAACCUGGAAUGAUUGAUUACAUGUUGUGGCCUUGGGGCCAACGCGCAGGGGCCAUUUCAUUAACUUUAGGACAAAAAUUACCUCUGAACCUCGACCGCUUCCCAAUGCUACGAAAAUGGGCCAAAAGUAUGCGACAAGAUUCUGCAUGCGUUGAAACCUAUACCGAACCAGAAGAAUACUGGAAUUUUCUUCAACUAAGUUUGGGAAAAAGCAUUUAGAAAUUAAUGAACUGAUAGGUACAUUUAAUCACAAAUUAUGUUGUAUUUUUGGACAUCAAACUGUGGAAAUAUAAAACGGAAACGCAAUAAA